AUGUCUGAGGACGAAUCAGUCGAAAUCACCCAGUCUUUCUGGGGAAUCAUUGUCAGACCACAUGAAAAGCAAGAAUUAGAUAUACCAGAAGAUGCUACAUGCAUUAUUUCAAAUGUUUCUUAUGGAUUAAUUGACGAAUCAGCAAAUCCAAAAGAAUCAACUUUAAUUGCUCAUGUAAAAGAAGUUUCACGCGCUGUGGAAAAUCCAAGUGAAGCCGAAAAGGAUGUUUUAACAUACGAUACUCCAAUUGCAAAAUUAAUUCCAGGAAAAAUCGAACAAACAAGAGUUUCUCAGACAUUUUCCAAAUUCAGUGAGGUUACACUUGAAAAUGAUGGAGAUUAUGAUAUCCAUGUUUCAGGAUUAUUUGAACCAGACAAUGAAGAGGAAGAAGAGGAUAUUCCUGAAGAAGAUGAAAAGGAAGAAAAAUAA